UCAGUCGGUCUGUCUCCGUUGUACAGAGAGACCACCACGCUUACAACCUCGUACACUGACUCCGAUUAGUCGUCGACCCUUUCACCAAGAAAUCUCACUUUCCGCCAAGAUGCCUUCGAAUCAGAAUAUGCAAGGAGGUAAAGCCUUUGGAUUACUGAAAGCCCAACAAAGGGAGAGAUGUGAAGAAAUAAAUAAGGAGUUUAUGGAGGAUCAGAAGUACAGAGAUGAGGAGGAUCUUCCUGAGAAACUGGAAUCCUUUAAAAAUAAAUAUACAGAGUUUGACCUGAAUGACCAAGGAGAGAUCGAUAUGAUGGGCAUGAAGCGUAUGAUGGAGAAGCUGGGCGUCCCCAAGACGCAUCUGGAGAUGAAGAAGAUGAUCUCGGAGGUGACCGAGGGGGUCAGCAACACCAUCAACUACAGAGACUUCGUCAAGAUGAUGCUCGGAAAGAGAUCCGCCGUGCUCAAACUGUAA